AGAAAAAUAGCGAUUUGUACCUAUAUAAUGUGUAAUGCGAGUGUAAAUUAAUUAAUUGAUAAAAGAAGGUGAUAGGAAAUAAUAUUAUUGAGUAGAUUACUGCCGGUCCUCGCUAAGGCAAAAUUCUGAAAUCCGCCAGUGUGAACGCUAUGCUAAGAAUAAAUCGCUGCAGUUAUUGAAGUUUUCACGAUUUUCUCAUUCUUUCAAUGUUUACUAUUGAUUUUUCCUUUUUUUUACCAUAUUUUAUAAUGUUUAUACCGUUACACAAAUAGUAACUGCGCUUUUAUUGGAACAGCGACAAUCAGCGUGAAGGCCAGGAUGCUGCCGGUGCGGCUGCGGCGGGUAGCGGGACACGAGGGCCGCGCCAAUGAUGCGCUAUUCCAGCCCGCGACGCGCGCGCCGCCCCUUAAACAACAUACGCUUGUGUUCUUUGGGGGUGAUGUACAGGACUACCCAGAAGUGAUGCAAGCACACCGUGAUAACCGGAACUACCUGAAAUGGAACUUAGAGAAUACGGUCCGGAUGCUGGGACACAACUUCCCAACUAAACACAUAUUGGCUGUUAGACCUUCUAGAUACAUCGGUGGUUACAGGAUAGAGUACAAGAGUUUCAGCUGUUACGACAAUUUUGUGCCGAGCAACAACGCGGGCGUUCCCGAACACACUCCCACACAUAACGCCUUGCAUCAUUUAGAAAGGCUUCUUCAAGGAGUGAGUAACAGGAUAAAGAGCUUUUCAUCAUCAGAGCUGAUUGAGGCUUUAUCCCCCGUCACUCUGCCUGAAGACAUUGAUAUUGAAGAUUUACAUAACUCGUCAAUCCACCCAUCUUCAGACAGUAGCAAGUGUAACGGCAGUGAGUCAGAGGCGAGCGGCUCUGCUGUCCCCCUCCUCGUGCCGCAUAAGCCUACGGAACCAGACCCACUCUGGUGGCGUGACAAACUCUCCCUGGACGAGUCUCAGCUGACGCUGGUGGGGUUCAGCAAGGGCUGCGUGGUGCUCAACCAGCUCAUCUACGAGUUCCACUACACCAAGACCCUCACGCCAGGAGACUCGCAUAUGAUGAGGUUCAUGGAGCGUAUAGUGGACAUGUACUGGCUGGACGGCGGCCACGCGGGCGGCAAGAACACCUGGAUCACUUCCCGCAGCCUGCUCGAGACGCUCACCAGGCUCAAUGUGAACGUGUUCAUCCACGUGAGUCCUUACCAAGUGCAGGAUGAAGGUCGGCCGUGGAUCGGCAGGGAGGAGAAGGCAUUUACUAGUCUACUGAAGAAACUUGGCGCUAAAGUAAACAGAUAUCUCCACGACCAGCCCGGCAUGACGCACUCACUGAACAUGCAUUUCGAAGUGCUCGCCAACUUCAAGCGCAUGCAGGACAGCAUACCGGCAGGCAUGCCUGAUACCUCCGACGAAGAUAUUUAAACUACAUACUUACAUACAGAAAGAUUUCGUUUCGUUUUGUUUAACAAAACUUUUCCGGUAAGUUUUUGUAUAAACAGCACAUCAAGCUACUCCAAUGUGUUAAAUCUAUUGUAUCCAAUGUGUUAAAUAAAUUAAGUAAAAAAAUAAAUCUAUUGAGAACUAAAUGAUAAGCAGAGAUGUUAUACCACAAGAUCUCCUAAGAAAAUAGCGCGCCUCAUUGCGGGUGUUCGGGGGACGAGGAACCUAAACGCCACGUUAGUUGACCUACAGUCCGUUAGUUGACCUACAAGAAGGCGCUUAACUUACCUUCUUUAUAUCCUCUCCGCUCCGCUCAUCUUUCCUUUCUCCGUGGUAACGUGGUAAUCCCAAUCAACAUUGAACCUUAUUCUUGAGGAGAUAAAGUUGAAUAUCUAUUGAAGAAACUUGACAUAUUGUAAUAGUUUGCUAGUUAGAUGUACUGACGUUUGUACACUAAGUCAGGGUAGAAGGUUUAUUUCCCUAGGAAUUUUGAAAGUAUUAUUAUUAAUUCUGUAAUAUGUAUGAUGCGCCAUUCUUGUGUAUUUAAUUUUAGAACUGCCAAUGAAUGCCAUAGGUUGCUAAAUAUCACAUUAUUUAUUUUCAUCGGCUUCAGUAUGUGGAAGAAUGAAGUAUUGAGUACAAUAUUUAUGUUAAUUAAAUUAAUAUAAUAUGUAUUUGCGCUAGUGUUGUGAUUAUGAAUGGUGUUUUCCACACCCUUAUAACGUUCCACAAUUUUAUCAAGAUUCAAUAAAAUUGAAAGUAUGGGAUGGGAAAUAAGAAUGAAAAAGGUUGUAAAUAAAAUAUUGUGAAAAUCCAAGACUUGAAAAUAUAUGCAAUACCAAUGAUUUUUGAUAAUUGCUUGGCAGUUUUUGUUAGCCCUGGCUAAAUAAGCCAAAGGCCUAGAAGUUAAGAAUUAUUUUUUAAAGAAUAGUAGUUUUUUAGUAGUUCUACUAUGUAUAAAACCGAGUUAAAAACUCAUUUUAUUUGCGAGAUAUCCUCUCAAGAACUGAAUUUUAAUUUAUCAAUAAAAUAUUUGUUAUGUAUAAGUCAUAGACAAGAGAUUAUGUUCUAAGCGGGUCGGAUAUGCACUUCGUAGUGUAAAAAAUUUACGAUUUGCUAUUUUUAGAAAGAAGUUGCCAAUAUUUAUGUACGAUUUUACUGUGUAUUUACCGUAGUGCUAAAGCGAAACUCGCUUUGUUUGUGAUUAUUAGUCAUUCAUCACAUCCUUCCAAGAGUCGCAUUUUGGAUACCUAUAUAUUAUAUAUGUAUUUAUAUCGUAAAGGUACCCUUUUGGUCCAUUUUAUGGUGCGAACGUUUGUCGUCGGCCGCGCCCCCCUUUUCUCGGACAUACAUCUCUUUAUUAUGAGUAUUGACGUAUAGUUAUCGGCACGAAUCUUGAGCUCUGACCUACAUCUGCGCAGAAGUGAUUUAUAAGCAAAGAACCAAUCCCGAAUGACGGCUAUGACGCGAUGCACUGCGGGCCAAUCACCGAUUUAGCCCGCCCCCGCGCCUUCAUACCACAAAAGGGACCCAAUAAAUUACGUCUGCGCAGAUGUAGGUCAGAGCUCAAGAUUCGUGCCGAUAACUAUAUCUGUCGCGAACAACACUCGUGUCGAAAGGGUACCUUUACCCCCAAUUGCAUGACUGCUCACUAAACAAGAAGACUAAUUAUGGUUAAAACAUAGUUCCGUCUAUGACUGGCAAGUUUAAACAAUGUUUUAAAACUAUUUAGCGGCAACUAUGUUUAGUAAGUAGUUACAACUUGGGCUUUAUGAUUAGUUCAUAUUGACUUCCAAAAUAAUUUGGAAGCUGCUGUCAUUUUAUGGAGUAUAUUCAACAGUUUAAUUUCAUUUAUACGGUUAUGCACUAUAUAGUUGCAAAGUUAUUUAACUUGUGUUGAACUUUUUUACUUGUUGUAUAUACUCCACUAUAAUAAUGUAUCAAUAUAAAACCGUGUAAACACGAGUAAGUUAUUUUUCAAUAUCUUUACAAUUAUAUAUCAUAGCUGGAGGCUAGGCUGGGCCUACUAGCUACUUUCGUUUGAUAAGAAAAACAUGUUUAGGUUAGUGAAGAAUUCAUGUAAUUCAGUGUAUAGUGUAAAUAAUUGCUUUAAAAUCGAUAUUUAUUUGGAUAGAAAUGAAAUUGAUCUCAAUUUGAUGAAUAAAAUUAUUUUUAAAGCAA